AUGGGUGUCCAAGGUUUCCACGAAUAUAUUGAAAAGCACUGCCCCAGCGCUGUGGUGUCGGUGGAACUCCAGAAGCUUGCCCGGGGUAGUAUGGUUGGAGGUGGCCGGCCGAGACCCCCCCCGAGUCCGUUAAGAUUGCUGGUGGACGCGGAGAACUGUCUUCACCGGCUCUACGGAGGCUUCUACACCGACUGGGUCAGCAGGGGCCAGUGAAAUCACAUGCUGGGCUACCUGGCCGCCCUAUCUGAGGCCUGCUUCAAAGGCAACAUUGAGCUCCUGGUUUGCUUCAGUGGCGCCCUGGAGAAAGGCCGUCUUCACGAGUGGGUCGAGCGACAGGUGAACGAGAAGCAGACAGCCCAGCAGAGCAUAAGCCACGUCCAGAACAAGGGUACCCCUCCGCCCAAAGUCUGGUUCCUUCCUCCCGUGUGCAUGGUCCAUUGCAUCCGACUGGCGCUCCACAGGUUUCGCAUCGGGGUUGUCCAGAGCAUUGAAGACCACCACCAGGAGGUGAUAGCCCUAUGCAGGGAAAACGGCUUCCAUGGCCUGGUGGCCUAUGACUCGGACUACGCUCUGUUCAACAUCCCAUGCUACUUCAGCGGACAUGCCCUUAAACUGAGCCGCAAUGGCAAAAGCCUCACCACCAGCCAGUACAUGAUGCACAAAGUGGCGCAGCAGCUCAAUCUGAAUCCAAGUCGCUAUCUCAUUUUUGCUGCACUUUUAGGGAAUCACAUACUGCCGGAUGAAGACUUGGCUGCUUUUCACUGGAGCAUACUUGGUCCAGAGCAUCCACUAGCAUCUUUGAAGGUCCGUGCCCAUCAGCUUGUGCUCCCGCCCUGUGAUGUUGUCAUCAAGGCUGUGGCUGACUAUGUCUAUAGCUAUCUGGCUAUCGCUAAAGACAUAUUCAAGUAUUCACAGUCGUGCACUGAUGACAAGGUCAUCCGCUUCAAGAGGGCAGUGGAGUAUUACUCAGUGGCCAGCAAAACCCUUCACUUCCCUCCCCACUUGGUGAGACCAAACCCCAUGGGUGUGUCUGCUGCAGUGCCAUCUUCAAACAUGUUCAACAUUCCUCAGAUGUCGCUGUCUGUAAAACCUGUGGUCCAGCAAGUUUACCAAGAGGCUGGGGUGGAGCACAGCCUGGCACUUGACUGUGUGGAGAGAGACCCCACAGAGCAGAACAACCUCAGUAACAUUCCCCAUGAAGGGAAGUGCACACCCCUGUAUGAGAGGUCCUCUCCUAUCAACCCGGGCCAGGGUGGCAGCCCCAACCACACAGAGGCUGCUGUCUUGAAUGCCUACUUCACAUCCUCCUCCUCAGAAAGUGAAGAGAACUCAGACACUACUGCCAAUCAUGUUAGUGACCAUAAGGGGAGGUGGGAGAAAAAUGGACAUACUCCACAUUCUGAACCCACAGCAGAGGGAGACCUUGGGUAUCUAACAACGGCUGACCUGUGUGUGACCUCGGUUAGCCCAUGGUCACAGACCGGAGGUCCCCACAUCCUGCAUACCCAGAUCCCCUCGCUGCUCUCCAUGCCAACCAGGAACCACAUGGACAUCACCAUCCCUCCUCUUCCUGCAGUGACCCCUGAGGUGCUGCGGGUGGCCGAGCACAGACACAAGAAGGGCCUUAUGUACCCCUAUAUCUACCACACUCUCACCAAGGGAGAGAUUAGACUGUCUGUCACUGUUGAAGAUGAAGCAAAUAAAGACCUGCCUUCAGCAGUGCACCUGUUUAGACCCAUCCGUCAGCAUGUUUACGGAGUGCUCUUCAGCCUGGCCGAGGCUAGGAAGAAGGCUGAGAGACUCGCCAUGAGGAAGAACUGCCUCCGUGAAUAUACACAAGUCAUGGUCAAAGAGUGGGCUGCCUCCAAAGGCAAGUCUCCCCACACACCAGAGCUGGUGGAAGCGCUGCCCUUCAGGGAGUGGACCUGUCCCAACCUGAAGAAGCUGUGGCUGGGGAAGGCUGUCGAGGACAAGAACUGCAGAAUGAGAGCCUUCCUCGCUUGCAUGCACGCCGACACUCCAAGUAUGCUGAACCCUACCAGUGUCCCCACACCCCUCCUAGUGCUCUGCUGUGUGCUGCGGUUUAUGUUACAUUGGCAAGGAUUAAGAAUUUUGUGUCGUAGCGAACUUGACGCAUUCCUAGCCCAAGCACUUUCUCCUAAGCUUUAUGAGCCUGACCAGCUGCAGGAACUGAAGAUCGACAACCUAGACACUCGAGGAGUCCAACUGGCUGCUCUGUUCAUGAGUGGAGUGGACAUGGCUCUAUUUGCCAACGAUGCAUGCGGACAGCCUGUCCCCUGGGAGCACUGCUGUCCCUGGAUGUAUUUUGAUGGCAAGCUGCUGCAGAGUAAACUCAUGAGGGCCAACAGAGAGAAGGCACAGCUCAUUGACCUCUGUGAUGGUCAGACGGAGCUAGUUGCCAAGGUGGAAAUGAUGCGUCAGAGCACUGGGCUGGAGCUCGACGUAGCCAAGGAAGAGGAGGCUACCCUGUCCAGGUGGUGUCUGUUGGUGGAUCAAUCAGAGGUCAUCCCAGAGGUGUGAUUUCCACAAAUGUCAUCCGGUCAUUUGGUCGAGGAGCCAGGUACCACCCUCGAGCCUUCAAGAGUCAGGGAGCAUACCAGAGUAAGCCUGCUCUCAAGUCUGUUCAUACAAGUGGACAUGAUGCAGGGAAGGACAGAAAGAAGCCCAAGCCAGAAGAAAGGAUAUCCUCCCCUCCACCAUGUGACGCCUCAACUCCAGAGAACGGUGUGGAGG